UCCCACCUCUGGUGCCAAAGCCGGAAGGAGGUGGGGCCUCAGCUGAGAGGCCUGGGAGGUCCCUCUCAGAUAAGGGGCUUUCCUAAAGCGAAGGCCUGUGAGAAGAAGUGGUUCUCCAGCCCCCAAAACAAAGGGCAGGGCUGGAACAAGCACACCCAGGAGACGACAGCCAGAUGGCCUGGCCCAGAAAACCCAGGAAGUGGUUGUAUCCCCAAAAAUUCUACUUCAACUUCGACAACCUGCAAUACGCCUAUGGUCGGUACCACUGCUACCUCUGCUUCCAAGUGCAAAGAGAGGAGUAUGGCUCACUUGUCCACGUUGACAUGGGCGUCUUUGUAAACCAGCUCUCUAGCUGCCACGUAGAACUCUGCUUCCUCUCUUGGUUCUACGGCUGGCUGUCUCCUGACGAGCGCUACCAUGUCACCUGGUUCAUGUCCUGGAGCCCCUGCUCCCACUGUGCACAGCAGGUGGCUGAGUUCCUGAAGAGGCACAGCAACGUGAACCUGAGCAUCUUCGCAGCCCGCCUCUACCAUUUCCAGGAUCCAGAAAUCCAGGAGGGACUUCGCACCCUGAAGCGCACAGGGGUCCAGGUUGCCAUCAUGUACUUCAGUGAUUUUUUAUAUUGUUGGAACAACUUUGUACGCCACGACGGAAUGCGCUUCAUUCCUUGGAAAGGUAUUAAUAAAAAUUAUUGGAUCCUGGUCACAACGCUUGAGGACAUUCUCAGAAACACAAAGAAUGGGCUAAAAGAGGACGUAUUCAAACAGCAGUUUGGCAACCAGCCGCGGGUCACAAAGCCCUACCGCCGGAGAAAGACCUACUUGUGCUACCAGCUGAAGGAGCUCGAUGGCUCCAUAAUUGACAAAGACUACUUUCAAAACAAGAAGAAGCGCCACGCAGAAAUUCGCUUUAUUGACAAGAUCAAGUCACUGGGACUGGACAGAGUCCAGAGCUACGAAAUCACCUGCUAUAUCACGUGGAGCCCCUGCCCGACCUGUGCCCUAGAGCUGGUUGCGUUCACCAGAGAUUACCCCAGACUGAGCCUGCAGAUCUUCGCCUCCCGCCUGUACUUCCACUGGCGCAGGUGGUCUAUUCAGGGGCUGCAACAGCUGCAGACAUCAGUCCCCCUGGCUGUCAUGCGUUACCCAGAGUUUGCUGACUGCUGGGAAAACUUUGUGGACCACAGGGGAGAGCCUUUCGAGGGCUGGGAUAAGCUGAGGGAGUACAGCGAAAGCAUAGACCGACGGCUCCAGAAGAUCCUGAGGCCCUCAAAUCUUAAUGGUUUAGAGAAUAACUUCAGAAAUUUGACAAUUGGGCCCGUUGGCCGCGGGUAACUGAAACCGUGGAUAACGAUACCGUGGAUAAGGGGGAAAUACUGUUUACAUUUUUAUAAUUGAAAAAAUAAAGAUAAUUUUUAAGUCUGUAAAACUUGGGUUACUUUUUAAAGGGUAAAUCAGGUCUUUCAUAAAAAUGAGCAUAAAGGAGUUUUACUCUGCAGAACGAAGAAAAGAAUUUGAGAAUUCCCUGUGUAUUCUAGAAUAGUCUAGAAUAGUUGGAUCAUUUUGUGGUCAUGUAGUCUCUGUUCCUUUUUUGUGUCUAAUAUGUGUCUAAAUAAAUAAGGUAAAACUUUGUUGCACAGAGUUGCCCCACAGAAUUGAUUGGAAAAAAUAAAAAACACUUGGAACUGUG